AUGGAUAGAAAUCGCUUACGAAUUAUUGUUGAUUGCAGAAAUUCUGUGGAAAAAUCCGAAGGAAAUGCCGAUACAUGGUGUAGCAUAGGCGUUCUAUAUCAACAGCAGAAUCAACCUAUGGAUGCUCUGCAAGCAUAUAUAUGCGCUGUACAAUUAGACAAAUCACACUCAGCUGCGUGGACUAAUCUGGGCAUUUUGUACGAAAGUGUUAGUCAGCCAAAAGACGCUCUAGCUUGUUACGUCAACGCAUCCAGGGGUAAUAACAACACACCAAAUUGCACGGGUUCACUGGUGGGCCUGGGUGGUGCUAAAUCAGGUGGUAAUACCCCGAUGAACCCAUCGCUACAACAGCGGAUCAACUUCCUCCAAAGUCAUCUGAGCCAAGCACCAAUGCCUUCCGUUGCCACUAAGAGGCGGCAACUGCCGUCUAUAGAAGAGGCUUGGAACUUACCCAUUAGCGCUGAGAUGUCUAGCAGGCAGCAACAGCAACAACAAACACCCACUGGUCCGGGUUAUAAAUAUGGUUCCACUCCUUCUGGACCACCACCUCCUUAUCCUCAAGGACAAGGACAGAAUCUUAAUACAAAAAGAUUUAAGCCGGGAGAAGAACCAAUUUCUCCAGGUUCACAACAGAGACCACCACCAUUUUAUCUCACGUCUCAACAACUGCAGAUGUUACAAUUUCUUCAACAAAAUCAUGGAAGUUUAACGCAACAGCAGCAAGGUUUGCUUGCACAAUUACAACAACAAUACAGAUGUAUGCAACAACAUCAACAACAAAUUAGAUUACAACAGCAACAAGCUGCUCAAAGAGGUUUAAGGCCAGGACAACCUGGUUAUCCUACAGGUUACAAUCAUACACAACUAGGACAACCUGGCGUGAUCAAGAAUUACGGGAUACCUCAGCAACCGUUGCAGCAAGGUGGAACUGUUGCAUUACAAACAGGGUUCUCAGAUUCUAAUGUCGGUUAUAACACGGCAGCAACUGGGAACAGUCAAACACCAGGAAUGCCUUACAAAUCUGCCUCUGAUUCAAACUAUCCUCAAAGGCAAUUGACAUCCGGCCAAUACAACCAAUACCAGCCUAAUCAAUACACUGCCCAGGGUUACACACAAAUAUCGUCCACGACGAGUAAUUAUCCCGAAGGUUCCGCGGGAAAUAAAGACCUGGGAGUAACAGAUCAAGAAUUACAGGCUUUGUUAUCACAAAAAGAUAUUGCGACGUCUUUGGCGGAGGAUUUAUUAAAACAUUUUGGUUCGGAAGAUUUAGAUGUAAAAGAAGAAGCACCGAGCAUCAUGAACAAUGGCACGUUAAGUUCAGGUCCGUUCUCACCAUCGAAUCUCGAAGAGAGUACAGAGAAAAUUAAAGAGGUAAAACUAGAGAAGGUUGAGGAUAGUCAACCUUCGUCUACGUCGAAACUCGAAACAUACGAAAAAAGCAAUACAAAGACAUCGACUCCAGUAGUUGAGACGGUGAAAUGUGAAGCGACCUCGAGUACAAAUAAAAUCGAAUCAGUUACUCGGAUUGAACCGGUGCUUAAAUUGGAAAGCUUGUGUGAAUCACAACCUGAACAAGAACUUAGUAUAGAUAUGGAUUCUAAGGGUAUUAUAGAAGCAUGUAAAGGUCAGGGAUUAAAAGGUGUACCAAAUUGCUCCAUACUGAGUGAUCGUUCACCUCCACCUGCCCCACCUGAUCCUCCAAAUCAGAGACUAACCAAGGAACAACUCUUACCCCCAACUCCUAGCGUUUAUUUAGAGAAUAAAAAAGACGCGUUCAGUCCACAACUCCAAGAGUUUUGUUUAAAACAUCCGAUAGCUGUGAUUCGCGGUUUGGCGGCCGCUUUGAAAUUAGAUCUUGGAUUGUUCUCAACGAAAACUUUGGUAGAAGCAAAUCCAGAUCAUGGUAUCGAGGUGAGAACACAAAUGCAACAGACCAGCGAUGAGAAUUGGGAUCCUGUCAUGGGCAGAAAAGUUUGGGGUUGUAUCAGUCACAGAAGUCACACAACUAUUGCGAAAUAUGCGCAAUAUCAGGCGUCAAGUUUUCAAGAAAGCUUGAAAGAAGAAAGGGAGAAAGCUCAAGGUAUACAUACCUCGAAUUUAUCCGAUUCAGAUUCGAAAGAUAGUACUGGUGCUGUUAGAAGAAAGAAAAACGCUUUUGGAUUGGCGGGUCGACCGGGUUCGAAGAUGUUGCGAUUUGGGACCAAUGUAGAUUUAUCAGACGAAAGAAAAUGGAAACCGCAGCUUCAGGAGUUAAUGAAACUACCGGCAUUCGCUAGAGUCGUUUCGGCGGGAAACAUGCUCAGCCAUGUUGGCCAUGUUAUUUUAGGAAUGAAUACUGUUCAGUUGUACAUGAAGGUACCUGGUAGUAGAACACCUGGUCACCAGGAAAAUAAUAAUUUUUGUUCUAUUAAUAUCAAUAUUGGACCAGGAGAUUGCGAAUGGUUUGCAGUACCUGAUGCAUAUUGGGGAAUAAUUUGCUCACUUUGUGAGCGAAAUAAUAUCAAUUACCUUCAUGGUAGCUGGUGGCCUUCUUUAGAAGACCUGUAUGAGGAAAACAUUCCUGUAUAUAGGUUUUUACAAAGACCAGGUGAUCUCGUUUGGGUUAAUGCGGGUUGUGUACAUUGGGUUCAAGCUGUUGGAUGGUGUAAUAAUAUUGCAUGGAAUGUAGGUCCUUUGACUGCUCGACAAUAUCAACUGGCAAUCGAACGUUAUGAAUGGAAUAAACUACAAUCAUUUAAAUCUAUAGUACCAAUGGUACAUUUAUCCUGGAAUUUAGCCAGAAAUAUCAAAGUAUCAGAUCCCAGAUUAUUUGAAUUAAUUAAAAAUUGCCUAUUAAGGACAAUGAGACAGUGUUGUUUAAUAUUAGAAUUUGUGAAAAGUAAAGGUGUAGAAGUUCGGUUUCAUGGACGAGGAAAAAACGAAGCAUCGCAUUAUUGCGGCCAAUGCGAGAUUGAAGUAUUUAAUAUCUUGUUCAUAAGAGAACAAGAAAAACGACACGUAGUGCACUGCAUGGAUUGUGCACGAAAACAAUCCCCAUCCUUAGAAGGAUUUGUUUGCUUAGAAGAAUAUAGAAUGCGUGAUUUAAUGGAGGUUUACGACGGAUUUACUUUACAUACCUCUCUAACAACUCCUUCAUCAGCUCAGUCUAGCCAAUCCUCCUGAGAAUACAUGCAACACAGAUAUUUAGACUUCUUAGGCACGUUACAGUGACUUUGAUAGUACAAUAUCUGUGUUUAAAAAAAAUCUUUAUGAUAAGGAUUGUUAAGUACCUGAGAGCUAUCAUGAAGAAAAUGAAAACAGAUCGAAAAAUUUUAUAUGUUAGACUAUAGUAACAUCAACAUCUGUUUCCAUAUUAAUUUUAAGGUACGCACAAUAUAUGUUAUAUAUGAAAGAAUUGAAAAUUUUUAAUAUUCUGACAAUUAGUUAGUACUAUUUACACAAACUGAAAACUAUAUUCGAUCAAUUUUAUAUUGGAUUAAUACAAAAUCUCCAAAACAUUGUUCUAGCUCUCGGGCAUAAAAAAUUGAAGCUAAGUUAAACGAGAGAAGACUGUGCUUUACUUGUAAAUUACUUGAUAUCAUCAUUUGCUAAAACUUUGCAAUAAGAUAUAAUGGAUAAUUAUCAAACUUGGUCACGUUUCUUAUCAGUUUUAUAUCAUGGCUAGAGUCUGAAAAGCAUUUAAUAUUCAUUUUUGUCAUGAAAGAAAGAAAAUAUAUAUGUAUAUAUUUUUUUUUUUUUUUGUUAUUUUCUUCAUAAAUCGCAUAUUUCGAAAUUUUUACGAUUAAUAAAUUGCCAAAGAAAGCAGAAAAAAUUUCAUAUACACGAAAACAUCAUAGAAAUGUUCACUGCCAAUCGUGAAUAUAAUAAAAGAUUACAUUUAGUCCAAAGUGAUGAGGGAUAAAUUGUCGUUAAUUAUUGUUAUGAAUUAAGAUACGAUUGUAAAGUAUUGCAAAGCUGCUCAAAACAUACUUUUAUGUACAUUUUUGUAUACAAACGGAUUGAAACGAUUACUACUUUUGAAAUUCACGGAGAUAUUACACUGUUUCGAAUGUCUUACUGCCAAUGACAAUUCAAUCUUAAUAUAGUAAUAUAACAAUUGUGUUUUCACAUUUAAGGUAAUGUGAUCAAUACGAGAUUGAGAUUUAUUAAGAAUUAUUGACCUUUUUUAUAAAUUCAACAAAAAAUAUAGAAGUAUUCAUGAUAAAUAGUACUUCAAAUAAAUAAAUUAUUAUGUUAUAUAAAUAAAUUAGUGGCUCUAAAACAUUUGUACAGUAAAAAAUACGGUUUAUAAUAACGAUUUAUAAAAACAAUAUUGACCUCCGUGUUUAAGAUGAGAAAAGAAUAACAUACUGCGAAAAACUUAUAAAAUGGCGUUUCUCUCUUAUAAUUUUAUUUACUAUUAUAAACAAAACAAAUAAAAAAACGUAUAAACACUCAGAACUAGAAAUUGGAAAUCAUUAAAUUUUUCUGUCAACAAUAAAAUAAUAAGAUAAGAAUUAUUAAUAUUUAUUAAUUGUAAAUGAAUUUAUUUGAAUCAAUUUUUAAUUAUAUGAAAUUAUUUCUUGAUUUAUACAAUUUAUUCAAAGAUAGAGAAUAGAAUUGUAACUAUCGUCUUAUUUAAAAUAUUAUUUAAUUUAAUACAAUUGUAAAAUAUUAGUGCAAAUUACAAUUUUAACAAAACUAGAAGUAAAAUCAGAUCAAAAUUUAAAUAAAGUUGGAGAACGCUGACUAUAAUGUUUAAUAGCAAGUAAUCGUAUCUUAAAACAAAAAAGAAACGUACCUUCGACUCAGUCUUGUCAAUUCACAUUGGUGUUUAAAAACGCCAAAUGUACGUGCCAGAAAACAAAAAAAAAUCUUACCCACCACAAAUGUAUAAAUAAUACAAUUCUCGUUCCGCCGAAAAAAAUGUAUUUUCACAUACGCAUGAGAGAGAGGGAGAGAAAGAGAGAGAAAGUGAAGAAAAAAGCAAAAAAUGGUAGAUAGUCCAUACAGGUUGUAAUAAGAUCAUCGGAGAACGAUGUAUUUUUGAAAAUUCUAGAAAAUGCUAGUUCCGCCGAGUUAGUUAAUAAUAAACGAAAAUCGCAUUUCUUUUAUAUGCGUGAUAAAUUUCAGCGCUGUAAUUGCAAUAUAUGUAUGUACAUAUAUAUAUAUACAUACAUUACAUGCAUAUAUAUCUACAUCAUAUAAAGCAAUGGCUGAAAUCUAAUGCUAAUUUCGCCAGUUAUCUAUGAUUAUUAAUGAUGGUCGUACGGGUUCAAAAACUCGUGUCCAAGAGUAUUUUAAUCCAUACACUCUAAUGAUCUCAUUUCAUGUAAUAUUGGCAGUUUGGAAUGAUAAUGAUUUCUGCCGAUAUUUCGAACUGACUUGACAAUUUUGAUUAACAAUUAAUAAAUUAUGUAUAAAUAUAUUUAAUGUAAAAAAAAAAUAAGAUAAGAUAAUGUGAAAUGAAUUGAAACGGAAUGGCUCAAGAGCUUUGCUAAGUAAUAACAAACAAAUAAAUGCAGUCUUUGUGUAGUAUUAAGUCUGUCUUGCUGUGACUAAUGGCUAAUCUGCAUUGAUUUGAAUACGAAAUUGAGCAGAUUUUCUAUAACCGUUUUAAUAGUAUAUGAAAAUUUUUUACUAAUAUUAUGCUAUUCGACUUUAAUAGCUGAUGAUUUAACAUUAUCAUUAUUUUUUUUUUUUCAUUAAUUGGCAAUAAAUAUACUAAUUACAUUAUACAUAAAAAUUAAUACAUUAAAAAAUUUUUAUUUUUAUUUUUAUUUUUAUGAUCUUUAACAGUAAUUUAAACUGGGAAAUAAUAUUUUCAAAAUACACUUCAAAAUAAUAUACAUGAUAUAAAAAUGUCAAAUAUGUAUCUAUAUGUUAUUAAUAUAAAUUGUUAUUAACAUAUAUAUUAAAAUUGCAUUAUCUAAAAACGGUUUGAUUAAAAAAGGUUCACAGCAUUGGCAGCUCAAGUUUGUUUGCAGUUGUUUAAUUUUUUUUUUUUUUUUUUUUUAGAUUCUUCAAAUAACAAGUUUUACUUGUUGGUAAAUUAAUAUUAUAGCAAGAAAUGUACUUCUCUUAAUAAUAAUAAAAUAUAUUAUAUUUUGUUGCUUACAAGUGGAAUACUUGCAAUUGAAUGGAAAAUAAUUUUAUAAAAUUCUAACGAAAUAAUUUGUAUGUGAUCAUUGAUAAAAUUGUAAACUUAUAUCUGAAUAUUUAAAGAUCUUGAUGGUAAUUAUUUAAACAUAGAAAGAUACAUAAAUAAGAAAAAAUUGUUUUCUUUGGAAUGAAUUUUUUUAAAUUGUUUUUUCAGUAUAUUUCAUGAAAAUAUGCUGCAAUUGCACAGGAUGGAUUUAGAAAUCUAGUAUCAUAAUUGGCAGUAUUAUAAUUAAUUAAAUUUUUAUCAUUAAAAAUUUAAAUUUUUAUCAUUAAAUUUAAUUAUGAUAAUUAAUUUAAACAAAGAUCUCU